CUGGUUGGAUGAAACCAGCUAAUAAAACGCACACAACAAAAGUCCGCGCCCAAACACCAUAAACAGUAGUACAGUACACGCCUCUGAAAAUCCAUCACUUAUACAAAAAAGGAAAGGCCAAAACGGUGUCGCAUUGAAUGCACGCCACGCUUUCCCCCGUGGCUUUGUUCGUUGCUUGCUUGCUUGGCCCCGCCCUCUUUUCCUCUCACCAGAACUGCACACCAGGUGUUCGGCGAAAUGCCUGAGCCAUGCUCGCCUUCACCCACUUCCAUCUAGUCCCCGGUUUUUUUCCUCCGGUCCUCCACGUCACCAAUUCGGCCGCCGGAAUGAGGCGGGGACGUGUUCUUGAGCCGGCGAGGCUUAGGGUGGUGGGAGAAAGCAGAAGCAGGGUUUCUGUUGUUCUAGGGUUUUGGGAGGGGAGGAAAGAAGGGGGUUGUGGGUUUGUGAGGCGGUGUAGGGAUUCUGAUUUGGAAGGGGAUUUUGCCCUGGAAGCUGAGAUUUUGGAGUUCAUGAAGGGCUCGGACAAGCCUCGGGCUUUUCCGAGCAAGAGGGACUUGGUGGAGGCUGGGAGGUUGGAUUUGGUCGACGCCAUUGUGAGGGAAGGUGGUUGGCUUUCGUUGGGUUGGGAUUUGGGGGAUGAAGAAACAGCUCAAGAUAGUGGUGGCUUUAGGAAUUGGGAUGAAGGAUACGAGAGCAGUGAUUCCGAUAUGGUUUCUGAUUCUUCUUCUUCUUCUGUAGUAGCGUCGUCGUCUGGUACAUCACUAGAAGCUGCAACAACUGAGGUUGAUACUGGAAUCGAGGGUAUAUUGAACCGAUUAGAGAAACAGAGAAAUUUGACCCUUGGGUUUGUUUUGAGAGAUAAAGAAGACAGUACUGGCCUCGCAAAUAAUGAUAACAAACAUGAUCGGUGCCCUGAAACCUCAACUGAUGCGACAGUUGGCGCAACAAGCAGAAGUAUCAGACCUGCUUCAUCAAACCCCACUAAAGCCAUUCUUAGUGAUUUGGGAGGCCCACUUAAUCAUAGCAGAUCUCUUUUAGAUGCUGAUGUUCAGAGAAACUAUCCAAAGCCUGAAAUGUGGAGAACUUGGAGCAGCCAAAGGGCUGGAUCUUCAGAUCUGGAAUUUGAAGCUGGUGAAGUUUCUUAUGAUGAAAUGGGAGGAUCAAAGGGAGUUUUGCAAAAUGAAAUACUUCAAACGAAAGAGGGUGCUAAUGAACCGAAUGGAAGGAAUGAUCUAGAUUCUGAGGAUGAAGUGAUCAAUUACAAACAAGUACGAAUUCGCAUGCAGCACCUUGAAUCCGAGCUAUCCUCUGUACUUCACUCAUUGAGGUCUAAAACUAGUAAUGUUGCACCAAAGGAGAUGGGGGAUCAUGAAAGCUCCUCUGAUGAUUUGUGGAAAGUGUCUGAUGCUUGGGAGUUUCAAGAAAAUGAAAUUAUGCAUGCCCAGAACAAAUUACGUUCAACACGUGCAAAGCUUGCUGUUUUAGAAGGAAAGAUGGCGAUGGCAAUAAUUGCUGUGCAAAAGAAAGUGGAGGAGAAACAGAAGAGGGUUAAUGAUGCUCGUAGAGCCUUACGGCUUCUCCGAACUGCUUUAAUAGUUUGGACCAAUCCAGCCUCAGAAGUGCUUUUAGCAGGAUCAUAUGAUGGUUGGGCUACCCAGAGAAAGAUGGAGAGGUCGAGUACAGGAAUCUUCUCUGUUAGCCUUAAGUUGUAUCCGGGUAGAUAUGAGAUCAAAUUCAUUGUUGAUGGGGAAUGGCGAAUUGAUCCCCUACGCCCUAUUGUUCGCAACGACGGAUUUGAAAAUAAUAUACUGAUUAUAACAUAAGAGAAUUGCCAUCCGAUAGAAGAACUUUUUCUUUAACGUAGGGGAGUAGGUAGUAGCUAGGAACUCUGUGAUUUUUUAUGUGAGGAUUCAUAUCUAACGUCGCUAAAUUCAUGUAACACUCAAAUUUUUGGAUGGUGGUAAGUCAACCUCAGUGAUGAUAAUUGUGUUUUUGUGAAUUGAUUAUCUGAGCAAUUACUUUAAAAUUGAUGGAACAACUUUGGGAAGAUAUAUCGUUACAAAAGUAAUUCAUAUUUUCAUAUAUUUCUCCUUCA